ACUCAGCCCAUAUGGAAAAUAUAGGCCCAACAGAAAAAGGAGCAAACCCAAAAUAAGAACAUCAAAUUUCAGCUACGGUUCCUUUUUCCGGCUACCGAGAAAUCCAGAAAAUAUGGCGUUUCGAUCGCUGAGAAGAACGGUGUUGAGAGCUCUGAGGCCUCUACAAUCGUCGUCUUAUUCAGCCGCAGCAACGGAAACUUCAUCGCUGUUUUCACUCUCUAACUACUCAGCUGAAUCUUCAACUUCUGCCAAUUAUUCGCGCCCAAAUUUCUCGUGCAUUAGCAUCUCCUGCCGCCGUCUCUCCUCUCUCACCAAAGAGGAACCUCACGGACCUAACGCGGUUGACUAUUGCUCGUUGUUGACGGAAGAAGAGUAUCACAAGCUGGCUAAUUCCACCAUCCAUGAUUUGCUUGAGAAGCUCGAGGAAUAUGGUGACUCUGUGGACAUUGAUGGAUUUGACGUUGACUAUGGGAACGAGGUCCUCACUUUGAAGCUUGGGGAUUUCGGGACUUAUGUCAUAAACAAGCAAACGCCAAAUAGACAGAUAUGGAUGUCGUCUCCAGUGAGUGGCCCAUCUCGUUUUGACUGGGAUCAGAAAGCUGAAGCUUGGAUUUAUAAGCGAACGAAGCAAAACCUUUUUAAAGUUCUGGAAACCGAGUUAGAAAAGCUGUGCAAGAACCCUAUCAGCCUUUCUUGAGCAUACUAAAACAAUGAGAUCCUCUACAUGAAACUUUUUCUUCAAUGAACCCAUUAACUACUCCCAUCCAACCCUUAUCCUCCCUUCUUCUUAUCUCUAUCUCCUCACACCGUUUCGCAUUACAUAUGGUGGCCCCACAUCCUCAUAGCAGUUGCAAUCUAGUAUGUCGUACGACAAGUAAUAUAUGUUGGCUAAUUCACGAACGUGGUGAUAAUACGCUGUGUUAGAAAUUUUCAGUUCUAUGUGUGGAGUAUUGGCUAACGAGCCAACGCCGAUCCCCUGCCCGAUAAUGUGUGGCAGGUUUGAUGCCCAGAAAAGAUCUUUACAACAUAUUCUGGUCCAGCCAUUUCUUAUCAUUACUAUGAAAUAAAAAUUGAUACUGUCA